CAUCAAGAAGAGGAGGAGAUGCUGGUGCCACGUGCAGACAUGGUUGAAGGUCCUCAACCCUUAGUUGAAGGUCCUCAGCCCAUGGAAGUGACGCCGACUGAGAAUGCUAGUGCAGUGGAGAAUCAAGCCGUGGAUGAGCCGCAGGCUUCGCGGUUUACUUGGACAAUUGAUAAUUUCUCUCGGCUAUCAGUGAAGAAGUUAUAUUCUGAGGUUUUCAGUGUUGGUAGUUAUAAAUGGAGAGUGCUAAUAUUUCCAAAAGGAAAUAAUGUGGAUUGUUUGUCGAUGUACUUAGAUGUAGCAGAUUCAGCUGCACUUCCAUAUGGGUGGAGUAGGUAUGCCCAGUUCAGCUUAGCUGUUGUGAAUCAAGUAAAUCCCAAGUAUACUGUGAAAAAAGAGACACAACACCAGUUUAACCAAAGAGAGAGUGACUGGGGCUUCACAUCUUUCAUGCUUCUAAGUGAGCUUUAUGAUACCAACAAGGGAUAUCUCGUAAAUGAUAGAGUUGUUAUUGAAGCUGAUGUUGCUGUACGUAAGGUCAUUGAUUACUGGACAUAUGACUCGAAGAAGGAGACUGGAUAUGUUGGGCUUAAAAAUCAGGGAGCUACUUGUUACAUGAACUCUCUCCUACAAACCCAAUACCAUAUUCCCUACUUUAGAAAGGCUGUGUACCAUAUGCCGACUACAGAGAAUGAUAUGCCUUCAGGGAGCAUUCCAUUAGCUCUGCAGAGUUUAUUCUAUAAGCUCCAGUACAGUGAUACGAGUGUGGCGACAAAAGAAUUAACAAAAUCCUUUGGCUGGGACACUUAUGAUUCAUUUAUGCAGCAUGAUGUGCAAGAACUAAAUAGAGUUUUGUGUGAAAAGCUUGAAGACAAGAUGAAGGGCACGGUUGUGGAAGGGACAAUUCAGAAGUUAUUUGAGGGCCACCACAUGAAUUACAUCGAAUGUAUUAAUGUGGACUUUAAAUCGACGAGAAAAGAGUCAUUUUAUGAUCUUCAACUUGAUGUCAAAGGCUGUCACGAUGUUUAUGCCUCUUUUGACAAGUAUGUAGAAGUUGAACGUCUAGAAGGCGAUAACAAGUACCAUGCUGAAGAACAUGGUUUGCAGGAUGCUAAGAAGGGUGUACUGUUUAUUGACUUUCCUCCAGUUCUCCAGCUUCAGUUAAAGCGGUUUGAAUAUGAUUUCAUGCGAGAUACAAUGGUUAAGAUAAAUGACCGCUACGAAUUUCCUCUGGAACUUGACCUUGAUAGGGAGAAUGGCAAAUAUUUAUCUCCCGAUGCAGACAGGAGUGUUCGAAACCUCUAUACACUUCAUAGUGUUUUGGUUCAUAGUGGUGGGGUGCAUGGUGGACAUUAUUAUGCUUUCAUCAGGCCGACGUUAUCAGAUCAAUGGUACAAGUUUGAUGAUGAACGGGUGACAAAAGAAGACAUGAAGAGGGCUUUAGAGGAACAGUAUGGUGGUGAGGAGGAGUUGCCACAGACAAAUCCAGGUUUCAAUAACGCUCCCUUUAAGUUUACAAAAUACUCAAAUGCUUACAUGCUGGUUUACAUACGUGAGAGCGACAAGGAUAAAAUAAUAUGUGAUGUGGAUGAGAAGGACAUUGCAGAACAUCUGAGAAUAAGGUUAAAGAAAGAACAAGAAGAGAAAGAGGACAAGAGAAGAUACAAAGCGCAGGCCCAUCUUUAUACAAUUAUCAAGGUUGCACGCGAUGAGGAUCUUAAGGAACAGAUUGGAAGGGAGAUAUAUUUUGAUCUUGUGGAUCAUGACAAAGUUCAUAGCUUUCGGAUUCAGAAACAGAUGCCUUUUAACCUUUUCAAGGAGGAAGUUGCAAAGGAAUUGGGUAUACCUGUUCCAUUUCAGCGUUUCUGGAUUUGGGCAAAGCGGCAAAAUCACACUUAUCGGCCUAAUCGUCCGUUGAGUCCACAGGAGGAACUACAAACAGUUGGGCAGUUAAGAGAAGUUUCUAACAAAACCAACACUGCGGAACUGAAGUUAUUUUUGGAAGUGAACCAUGGGCUGGAUCUGCUUCCUAUUCCUCUACUUGAAAAAAGUAAAGAUGAUAUACUCCUUUUCUUCAAACUUUAUGAUCCUGAGAAAGAAGAACUACGUUAUAUUGGUAGGCUGUUUGUGAAGAGUUCCAGUAAGGCAACUGAUAUACUUGGAAAGCUGAAUGAAUUGGCUGGAUUUUCUCCCGACCAAGAAAUUGAGCUUUUUGAGGUGUGUUUGGAAUAUGUGAAAAAUCGCCAGAUUGUCCAUUUUAGAGCUCUGGAGAAACCAAAGGAAGUUGAUUUCUGUCUGGAGUUAGCAAAAAGCAACACAUAUGAUGUAGUAGUGGACAAAGUAGCUCAGCGUCUUGGAGUGGAUGAUCCUUCAAAAAUUAGGCUGACUCCUCAUAACUGCUACUCACAGCAACCAAAGCCCAACCCCAUUAAGUAUCGGUCUGUCGAUCAUCUGGUUGACAUGCUUAUCCACUACAAUCAGAUCUCUGAUAUUCUGUAUUAUGAAGUUCUGGACAUCCCUCUGCCAGAGCUGCAAUGUCUGAAGACACUCAAGGUCGCCUUUCAUCAUUCCACAAAGGAUGAGAUUGAAAUUCUGAACAUAAGAUUGCCUAAGCAGAGUACUGUGGGUGAUGUGCUUAAUGAAAUCAAAUCAAAGGUUGACUUGUCUCGUCAAGAUGCAGAACUUAGAUUACUUGAAGUCUUCUAUCACAAGAUCUAUAAGAUCUUUCCACUCACUGAAAAAAUUGAGAAUAUAAAUGACCAGUACUGGACACUGCGGGCAGAGGAGAUACCAGAAGAAGAGAAAAAUCUUGGUCCCCAUGAUCGUUUAAUUCAUGUUUACCAUUUCACGAAAGAGACUCCACAGAAUCAAAUGCAAGUGCAGAAUUUCGGGGAACCUUUCUUUCUGGUUAUCCAUGAAGGUGAAACGUUAGCUGAGAUUAAAGUGCGCAUUCAAAAGAAAUUGCAGGUUCCAGAUGAGGAGUUCUCUAAGUGGAAGUUUGCAUUUUUGUCAUUGGGGCGCCCAGAUUACCUUCAGGACUCUGACAUUGUAUCCAGUCGUUUCCAGAGAAGAGAUGUUUAUGGUGCUUGGGAACAGUAUCUUGGGUUGGAGCAUGCAGAUAAUACACCUAAGAGAGCUUACUCAGUUAGCCAGAACCGACACACCUUUGAAAAGCCUGUCAAGAUAUACAACUGAAAGGUCUUGUAAUUCACUGCCCGUGCAAUGGAGCUAGCGAAUGACCCUCUCAUUAUAGAAGGGACACAUAAAAGUUUUGAGAUCUGUGGAAGGCAGAGAAGUGGCAUCAAGUUCAUUCAGUUACAUAAAGGGUACUUGCCGCCGCUGUUUUCUCAAGGUGAUUUCUUCAGUUUAGGCUAUUAUUCUUCCUUUGAUUUGGUUGGGGAAGCGAAUGUUGUACUCGCUCCUUUCUUUGUGGUUAGGAUGUGGCUUUAGUUAUCGUCGUCAAUCUUCAGAGUUAUUGCUCUAUUCAGG